ACCAAGAUAGCUUUUAUUUAAAACGAGAUUGGAUUUGCGCCAUAUUGUUUAUUUACCAGUCAUCAACUAACUUCUAAGCAAUUUUACAGUCAAGAUGCCGCGUAUUAUGAUUAAAGGAGGUGUGUGGAGGAACACUGAGGAUGAAAUACUGAAAGCAGCUGUUAUGAAAUAUGGCAAGAAUCAAUGGGCCAGAAUUGCUUCUUUACUUCACAGGAAAUCGGCCAAGCAGUGUAAAGCACGAUGGUUUGAAUGGCUGGACCCUAGCAUUAAGAAGACAGAGUGGAGUCGAGAGGAGGAAGAAAAGUUGCUACAUUUGGCCAAGCUGAUGCCAACUCAGUGGAGAACAAUUGCGCCGAUCGUUGGACGUACAGCAGCACAAUGUCUGGAACACUAUGAAUAUCUACUAGACAAAGCUCAGAACAGAGAUGACAGUGAAGGUGAUCCAAGGAAACUGAAGCCAGGAGAAAUUGACCCCAAUCCUGAGACCAAGCCGGCCAAGCCAGAUCCUAUUGAUAUGGAUGAAGAUGAGCUGGAGAUGUUGUCUGAAGCGAGAGCUCGAUUAGCCAACACACAGGGUAAAAAGGCGAAGAGGAAAGCCAGGGAAAAACAGCUGGAAGAAGCAAGACGACUAGCAGCUCUCCAGAAAAGACGUGAAUUACGAGCAGCAGGCAUUGAAAUAAAGAGACAGAAGAAAAAGAAACGAGGCGUUGAUUACAAUUCUGAAAUCCCAUUUGAGAAGAAACCAGCUCCAGGAUUUUAUGACACAUCAGAAGAGGUGUAUGUCGCAGAGGAGCCGAACUUUAAAAGAUUGCGACAACAAAAUUUGGAUGGAGAGCGCAGAAGUGACAAGGAAGAGAGAGACAGAAAGAAAGAUAAACAAAAACAGAAAAAGAGAAAAGAAAAUGAUUUACCAGGAGCAAUAGCAAGUCAGAGCAAUUUCCAAGAACCAGUGAAGAAGAGAAGCAAGUUAGUGUUACCAGCCCCACAGAUUUCAGAUCAAGAGCUUGAGGAGGUGGUGAAAGUGGGUCAGACCAGUGAGUAUGCCCGUCAGCAGGCAGAAGAGUCAGGAGCAGGUAAUGCUGCCAGCCAGGCUCUACUCCAGGAUUACAACAUCACCCAGGGUGUGGCUAACCUUCGCACCCCCCGCACCCCCGCUCAACAGGAUUCAGUACUCCAGGAAGCUCAAAAUCUGAUGGCACUGAGUGUGGUGGACACUCCACUAAAAGGUGGACUGAACACACCACUCAACGAGUCUGACUUUAGUGGAGUGACCCCUAAGCAUGCUGUAGCACAGACCCCCAACACUGUUCUAGGGACUCCCAUGCACACGCCAGGGGGACAGGGUAUGACUCCACGAGGAAUGACCCCAAAGAUGGUCGUGGCUGGUCAGACCCCACUGACAACCCCAAUGAGAGACAAACUGAACAUUAAUCAGGAUGAGGACUUCGAUGCUCCAGGCAAUGAGAAAUACUACCAGAGGGACAUGAAAGACCAGCUUCGCCAGGGUCUAGCUAGUUUGCCUCGCCCUAAGAAUGAUUACGAGAUUGUGGUGGAGGACUUAGGAGAGGAUAUGGAUGAAACAAACGAAGGGGAGGAUUUCAUUGCAGAUCAGGCUGAUCUCGAUGCUCAGUCCGAGGCUGAACAGUUAGAGAAACGUAAGAAGGAAAUGAGACUGAGGUCCCAGUCAGUACAGAGAGAUCUUCCCCGCCCAACAGAAGUCAACAACUACAUCCUCCGGGUCACAGGUCCCAGCGACCCUCCUCUUAAUGAAUUACAGAGGGCUGAGGAAUUGAUUAAGAAAGAAAUGUUGAUAAUGCAGCAUUUUGAUGCAGUACACACUCCCACUCCAGCUCAGAUGGGGAUGGUACCAGUCAAGAAGAACCAGAAAAAUGUCACGACUCAGGCCCAGCAUCUGUCUUAUCUACAGCAACAUCCCUACGAUAAACUCACAGAGGAGGAACUAGAACAGGCUAAGGACCUGUUGAAGCGGGAGAUGGGAGUGGUUAAGGCAGGCAUGAACCAUGGGGAACUGUCCCUGGAGUCGUACUCCCAGGUGUGGGAGGAGUGUUACUCCCAGGUCCUCUAUCUCCCGUCACAGAACCGCUACACCAGGGCCAAUCUCGCCAGCAAGAAGGACAGGAUCGAGUCUCUAGAUAAAAGACUGGAGGGAAACAGAAACAGCAUGACCAAAGAUGCCAAACAAGCAGCGAAGCUGGAGAAAAAGCUCAGGAUUUUACUAGGAGGCUAUCAGUCUAGAUCCCAAGGUCUGGUCAAACAGUUAAAUGAUCUCUAUGAACAAAUAGAACAGACCUAUGUAGAGUUUAAGACGUUUGAGGAUCUAAGAAAGCACGAAAUUGGAGCCAUCCCAAAGCGAAUGGAGUCCCUGACUGAGGAUGUACAGAGACAGAUGGACAGAGAAAAAGAACUACAGAAAAAGUUUGGUGAACUUCAGUACAAAAAAGACAUUCUUAUUUAUGACAGCUGAUAUUGAGGCAGAAGGUGACAAUAUGGUGGUGAAUUGGAAUGGUAUAAAAUCACUGAGAAACCAUCACAUGCUGAUUAACGAUUUGUAAUACUGUUGACAAAGUUCGACAAGAUGGAUUUUUUAACUGGACGUUCACAAAUGGAUAAGGAUGGGAAAAUUUUACAAUGUAGAAAACUGACAAACUUGGUGUAAAAUUGAAGUUGUUCUAAAUGUCCAUGUUAUUUGCAAGGCAAAUAAAGGCAGAAUUUUUA